UAGAACUGUGAACUGCCAAUUAGGUAAGAAGAAGCAUUAAGUUCUUCAAUUUUUCACACGGACGGGUUUUAUUCGCGAAGUCGAUAUUAAAAUUAAAACAAAGAGAUUAAAAUGCAGCCAAAUCGAUUCAAAAACACUGAAAAGUUAUGAAUUCCAAAAUUUGCAGCUGUAAAUUAAGAAUGUGCAAAAACCAUUUCAUGUGGUAGUGGACAGAUUUUCAUAGGGACACAUACGGACCUACAAACGCCUACAGGCGCACACGGGGCUCCCUAAAUUCGCCGAAAAAGUCGAAAACGAAAACGCAAAAAAAUCAUAAUAAAGAAAACGAAAACAUGUGAAUAUGUGUUUGGGUUUGUGCGCAGGAUAAGCAAGUCAAAGCGGAAAGCAAAUUUUUAAGGUGUGUGUAAAAAGGACAAACAAAGCGAGACGAGAAAAAAUAAAAGCCAGUGGAGAAGCGAGAAUACGAGAACGACGGGCCAGCUGGUAAAGAACGAAACGUGUAUGGAAUAAGCUAAGAAGGUGGUUUUGGCAUUGAAGGUGGCUCAAAGUGGACGGUGGAAUAGCACCCAAAUCUUCAAAAAGCGACAGACCAAAAGUAGAAAAGCAGCCUCAAAAAUAAGAACGUGAAGCGACGGCAAUCAGAAAGGGAGUCGGAACACAAACUUAAUUACGUUUUGUAGAUGAACUGGAGAAAAGCUGUACAAAGAUAAGCGGGUGUGCAUCGCAAUGUAAUGAUCCGCUAAUACUUGAUAUGGGUAAUAGUACACCAACUUCCAGGUCUACAUAUUUAUUUGGUGUUUGUUCGACGCACACAACCCAACUUGUGUUACCAAUGAGACAUGCAAAACGUAUUACAGGAAAGCAGCGACAAGAACAUCAACGCUUUCUGAAACGAAUAUACGGUCCACUUUAAAUCCCAACAAUCGAUUGAGUUUGGACUAGAAAAGAUCGUAAAAAGACUGAUCGGCGGUUUCAGUGAAUCAUAUGAAAUUACUUAGAAAGUAGCGAACUAAAAGAAGACUACAGUCCCAAUCAAAAAAAAAAAAAAAACAACAGGAAUCAUUAAAUUUAUAAAGCUAACAUCAUUUCUCUGUUUGAAAGAACCUCGCGUUUUUAAACCUCUCCGCCACGAAUUCCUACACAAAUUUCAACGAAGUAUGGAACCUCGUACGCAUUCAAAAUGGCUACUAUUGGAAUUUUUCGCGCUUUGUGGACUAUCACUGUGGACCCAGCCAGCGGCAGCACAUGUACUGGCUUACAGGAGAAUAGACAGUGCGUUUUUCUCUUUUUCGCAGCUAAUUGAAGAGUUCAAUGAUCUUCCUGCACAAUUUGGUCCCAGUUUGCCUGCGAAUGGUAUAAAAGUCUUUGCUGUACCAGCUAAAAACAUAUUUGCCUGUAGUCUUAUCGAUCCACCACCACGCAACGGUGAUUAUCCAAAAACUGCGAAGUUUGUAGCCAUUAUCGAGAGAGGUGGCGGCACAAACUGUACAUUUGAGAAGAAAGUUCGCAAUGCACAGGCAUCCGGAUUCGAUGCAGUCAUCGUAUUUAAUAAUGAUGGUGAUGAUUUGGAACAAAUGUCAGCGAAAAAUGCAAGUGGCAUCUAUAUACCAGCUGUGUUCGUUGGGAACAAUACCGGCAGUCGUUUGAUAAGCUUCUUCACACCUGAAAUCAUAUUGGUGAUAAACGAUGAGCUGCCAUUCAACAUAAAUACGCAAUUGAUUUUACCAUUUUCGAUUUUGAUUGGGCUUUGCUUCCUCAUUAUGAUAUUCUACAUGAUUUACAAAUGUAUACGUGAGGAGCGUCGUUUACGUCGUCAUCGCUUGCCGAAGAAUAUGCUUAAGAAACUGCCGAUCUUAAAGUAUACGAAAAAUUGUGAUCUCUCGCAAGACACCUGCGUCAUUUGUUUGGAUGAGUUCGCGGAGGGCGAUAAACUACGCGUGCUGCCAUGCAAGCAUCCCUACCAUAGUCACUGUAUCGAUCCAUGGCUUACGGAAAAUCGCCGAGUUUGUCCAAUUUGUAAACGGAAGGUUUUUACGAAACGCGAGUCGCGUGCAAGCAGGACGAAUCGACAAUCUUCAUUGGAUAGUGUAACGGAUACAGAUGAUGACACAACUCCACUCCUCCCACCUGCUCAGCCAGUAAGGGUCGGUAGUGGUCAAAGUAGCGCCAGUGCGACAAGUAGCACUAAUAAUGCAACUGGUGCUGGUACGGCAGCUACGCGUGGUGCUGUUUCGCCUGCUGCUGCUAGUGGUCGGCGCAAUGGGCGUAAUGCCACAACAACUCGUCAUGGCACCUUUAGGCGUGCACCGGCAAGUGAUAGCAAUUAUGUUACCGAUGUGACUUCCGACGAAGAUAACGUAUUAUUAGCUCAAAACUCCCCAGCACGUAGCGGACGGCGGGUUAAUCCAUUCGAUAGAAGACCCAAUUUGCCGCCACACCUCGUCGAACAGCUGACUGGCAAUAGACGCUCUUUCUGGCGAUUACCAUUUUUCAGCUUAUUCCGCCGCCCACAGUCAAUAAGUGUUGCAGCGCCACCCUUCCUCGAGGAAGGUGUUUCACAGCCACCGAUCAAUGUUGCCGCCGUUGCGAUAGAUGCCGCAAUAGCGGCAGCAACAGUACGUCCACAACGUGCCACUGCAGCCAGUAGUUUACCCCAAGCGAUCGCGGCACCAUCACCAGCCGCUCAUUCUUCGAAUAAUAUCCUCAAUCCGAAUUUAGCUGGUUCUUUUAAAGAAGGUGAAGAUGACGAUGAUGAUGAUGAGUUGCCGCAGCAAUCAAUUUAUGAGCCCGUCACAGUUGUGUCCCAACAUGAAAGCAAUACAAAUAAUAAUAGCAACAGUAACAAUACGAACAAUGAUAGUGAAAUGGGCGCGUCACGGCAAUCACAAUCCAGCCAAGCUGCUGCAACACCACCACAACGAGCGCGUCGCAUAUGAGUGUGAGCUGAACUGUGGCCAAAAACUACAAAUGCUAGUACCAAAUCAGGCUUAGCCUUGAAAGUGUGGUGGAGCGUAAAUAGCAAAAGUUUAGCUUUUAAAUGAGGAGAUUUGUUGAAGAAAUUGGGCAUGUGGGUGUGCGUGCGUGUGUGUAACACCGACCGAUGUUGCAGUAGAUGAGCACAGCGACAGGUGCUAGAAGUUGUAUGGAGCUCCGCAGUGAACAAUCACAUCUACAUAAGCAUGCGCGAACCCACACAAGUCAACGUGCAUUAGCAGAAAUUGUGCGACUCUGCAUGUUAAACAACUGUAAAUUACUAUAGUCUUAUUAACUUUUAAUUGUUUGAUUAGAAUUUUACAAAAUGUGUAUACAUGAAAUGUGAUUUAAUAUUGGCUUCGAUAAUUUUACAUGCAAACAUGCAUA